GAAUAGCGUGUGUCCUCCGAUUUUUGCUGCGCGUCGUCGCAUCGCGGGGGCGAUUAUGUCACCAUUAUUUGCGAGCUUCACAUCACGCAUCCGAUCUGCGGGGUGGGGGACAUCAAACCCUAAUUCUUACUGCCUGAUGCGAAGCAUGUUGGCUCUGCCAAUGCGUUUGCUCAUCCACGAGCUCAUGUGCAUUGAAUACGGAUCUGAUGCUUCCACUGUUGCGGCUCAUCGGCGUGCGUGACAGGCCGGUGACGAGUCUCAAGCGGAUGGAUGUUCGUUUGUGAAGUUAGGCCAAGUCAUGGAUCGGUGAACUGGUUGGGUGGGCCGUGUUGGUGAAAGUCGGUCUCGGGAGCUUUGUUGGGGGUGAGUGAGGAGGUGGGGCGAGGCGGGAGAAGAUCAUGAGGUCAAUGCAUUGCAGGGCUUUGCUGAGGGUCCUUGCUGAGCAGCGUUUGUUGACGUCUCAGAAUGAAACUUCUGCCGUGCUCCGUCGUGCUAUUGCUCCGGAAUGCAAGGGUGUCUCUUCCUUUUUGAGUCGCCAGGUUGACUCUGGUGCAGAUCGUUGCUCGCAAUGGCUCCCAGCAAUGGCUUCUGUGGGUGAGUGUGGGAAUUCGAGGAAUUCCAGCAGCCAGCCCCUGUUUGCUAUGUGGGGUGCGGCGUUUCUGGCAGGUGGAGUGGCCCUAGCAGUGAGUGGAUCAGACGGGGUCGUUUCUGCCGAAGGUGCGGAGCUACCGGCAGCUUCCCCCAUGGGCAAAAGACCUGAAUCAAAGCUAGCUAAGCCCACCUUCUUCCUUAGCGAGGCGUUCAGACGGCGCAUUUUUUUCAAUUAUGAGAGACGACUUCGUUUGCGUAGCACUCCUGAGAAGGUCUUCGAGUAUUUCUCGUCGGUACGUCAGGACGAUGGCCAACUUUUCAUGACAGCCGGCGAUUUGAUGAGAGCAGCAGUUCCAGUUUUCCCACCAUCGGGCUCGGACGUGGUGAGAGAGGGGUAUCUUGGCGGUGAGAGGCCCCCAGGAGAUUUGAAAUGUUCUCCUUCUAAAUUCUUCAUGUUGUUUGAUACGGAUGGAGACGGAUUAAUAUCAUUUUACGAGUUCAUCUUCUUCAUCACGCUUUUAAGUGUACCCGAAAAGAACUUCAGUGCAACGUUCCGAAUGUUUGAUUUAGACGGGGACGGGAUGAUUGACAGAGACGAGUUUAAAAAGGUAAUGACUUGGGUGCGUGAGCGAACUCGUGUCGGAAAAUCUCACGCUCAUGGUCUCCGCACUGGAUUUAGCGUGUCUGGAGAUGUAGAAGAUGCUGGCUUGGUUCAUCUCUUUUUCGGAAGCGAUGGCAAGCGACAACUACCAAGAGCUCAAUUCGAGAAAUUUUUGAAGGACCUUCACGACGAGAUUAUUCGUCUUGAAUUUGCUCAUUAUGACUUUGAGAACCGGGGGAGCAUCUCAGCUAUGGAUUUCGGUUUGUCGAUGACUGCUUCUGCAGACUUGUCGAAAAUGAACCACUACCUUGACCGCGUCCAAGAUCUUGCACAUGAUCCUCAUUUUUCCUCUAUCCGCAUAACCUUAGAGGAGUUCAUUCAAUUUGCACAAUUGCGGAAGAAGAUUCCAGUCAUGGCAUUGGCAAUCUCCAGCUUUGGCAGAAUUCAGGGAACUUUGUCAAAGUCUGAUGUACAGCGUGCUGCUGCCAAGAUUUGUCAUACUCCUAUUUCAGAUGCAGUGGUCGAUGUGAUAUUUCACAUUUUCGAUACCGAUGGUGAUGGUGUGUUAAGCAUGGAGGAGUUCCUGAGCGUGCUACAGCAAAGAGAAAGGGAAUUGAUAGACCCAAGUGACACUGGAAUUAUACAGUUCAUCAAGUGCUUGGGGAAAUGUGCAGGGAACUGCCAAAAGCCGUGGACCAUAUGAGUUAAGAUGCGCAUAUCCUCAGUUCAUAGGACUAGUGAAAGAUCAAAGAGGCUCUAUCUGCAAUAUUCGACUACGGUUGAAAAAGCGUGCUAAUUUCAUGGGUUAGAAAGGCGAACAAAUUAGCGUUAAUUGGUUACGAGGAUCAAUAGUGGUCAGGAUAGUGUUAUGAGGCACGAAUGCAUUCCUAAACUGUGUACUAGCUAUCACAUCCUUCAAAAUAACUAGCGUGAUCCGUGCUUUUGAGCACCCAUUAUUAGAAUUUGUACAUCUGUGACUUUGAGGAGCCUUAAAAGCAAAUUGACAGGUCCACUCAUUCACACGAUUCGUCGA